GAGACAGAUCCCACUCUAUCUCAGCCUCUCCAAACCCUGCUGCAGGAGCCUUCUCUGGUCCUACUUGAAGACACGGGGCAGAAUUUGGAUAAAGGACCCAGUCGAACCACACCAGACUUCACACAGUGGCUCCAGACUUCGCAUACCUUUACUUGUCUGUUGCCGUAGAGACGUCUAAGGGCAAAUGAGAACAUGCUGUGGAUCCUGGUGUUGGUGAUUUCUCUCAGUGUGAGCAGUGACCUAGUAGUUGGUCAGAGAGAUGGAGAAAUCAUCAAUCAGAUCAAGGGAACGAAUCAAGCUCUUGCUGAGAUCAAAGAACUGCUGAAGCAACAGAUCCAAGAGAUUGUGUUCCUGAAGAACACAGUGAUGGAGUGUGAAGCCUGUGGCAUGCAAGGUCCCCCUCGCCCCUCCUGUGACCCUAACCCCUGCCACCCGGGGGUAAAGUGCAUUGAAACAGCCGGGGGCAUCAAGUGUGGCCCCUGCCCUGAGGGCAUGGUGGGCAACGGUACCCACUGCAUGGAUGUGGAUGAGUGUGUGGUGAAGCCUUGCCACGUGAGUGUGCGUUGCAUAAACACGUCCCCAGGCUUCCGCUGUGGCCCCUGUCCAACUGGCUACACCGGCCCCCAGGUGCAGGGAGUAGGCCUCUCCUACACCACUAAAAACAAACAGGUCUGCAAGGACAUCAAUGAGUGCGAAGGACCCAAGAAUGGAGGUUGUGUGGAAAAUUCCAACUGUGUAAACACACCUGGCUCGUUUAGGUGUGGCCCCUGUAAGGCAGGCUAUGUUGGGGAUCAGCGCAAGGGCUGUAAGCCUGAGAGAGCGUGUGGUAAUGGCCAGCCCAACCCCUGCCAUGCCAGCGGAGAGUGCAUUGUCCAACGAGAUGGGAAAAUAGAGUGUCAGUGUGGGGUGGGAUGGGCUGGCAAUGGCUACUUCUGCGGCUCUGAUAUUGACAUUGAUGGCUUCCCUGAUGAGAAACUGGAAUGCACCGAGAGGAACUGUGCCAAGGAUAACUGUCUAACAGUACCCAACUCUGGCCAAGAGGACGCAGACAAGGAUGGUAUAGGAGACGCCUGCGAUGAGGAUGCAGAUGGGGAUGGAAUCUUAAAUACACAGGACAACUGUGUGCUGGUACCAAAUGUCAACCAAAGAAAUGUGGACGAAGACGACUUUGGAGACGCCUGUGACAACUGCCGUAUGAUCAAAAACAACGACCAGAAAGACACUGAUGUUGAUAGACUGGGUGACGAAUGUGACGAAGACAUUGAUGGCGACGGAAUCCCCAAUAACCUGGACAACUGCAAAAGGGUUCCCAAUGCUGACCAGAAGGAUCGAGAUAGGGACAAAGUCGGAGAUGCCUGUGACAGUUGCCCCUACGUUCGCAACCCUGACCAGUUGGAUAUGGACAACGACUUGAUCGGAGACCCUUGUGACACCAAUAAGGACAGUGAUGGUGAUGGUCACCAGGACUCUCAGGACAACUGCCCUGCGGUCAUCAACAGCGCCCAGCUGGACACGGACAAGGAUGGCCUGGGGGACGAGUGUGACGAUGACGAUGACAAUGAUGGUAUUCCUGACCUUCUUCCCCCGGGACCAGACAACUGUCGCCUCAUCCCCAACCCCCUACAGGAGGACUCUGACGGUGAUGGAGUUGGGAAUGUGUGUGAGAACGACUUUGACAAUGACACCAUCAUUGACAGCAUCGAUGUGUGCCCAGAGAACGCUGAGGUCACUCUCACAGACUUCAGGGCCUACCAGACAGUGGUGCUGGACCCGGAGGGAGACGCACAGAUAGACCCUAAUUGGGUGGUGCUCGAUCAGGGAAGAGAGAUCGUCCAAACUAUGAACAGUGACCCUGGACUGGCUGUUGGUUACACGGCUUUCAACGGCGUUGACUUCGAAGGGACGUUCCAUGUGAAUACGGUAACGGACGACGACUAUGCAGGCUUCAUCUUUGGCUACCAGGACUCUUCCUCCUUCUAUGUAGUGAUGUGGAAACAGGUUGAGCAGAUCUAUUGGCAGGCCAAUCCGUUCCGAGCUGUGGCAGAACCAGGGAUCCAACUGAAGGCUGUGAAGUCCAAUACGGGACCAGGGGAGAAUCUACGUAACUCCCUGUGGCACACCGGAGACACCAGUGACCAGGUGAAGCUGCUGUGGAAAGACGCCCGCAACGUGGGUUGGAAGGACAAGACCUCCUACCGCUGGUUCUUGCAACACAGGCCCCAAGAUGGCUACAUCAGGGUGCGUUUCUAUGAGGGUCCUCAGCUAGUGGCAGACACAGACAUCAUCAUAGACACCACCAUGAGAGGAGGCAGACUGGGUGUCUUUUGCUUCUCCCAGGAGAACAUCAUCUGGGCUAACCUACGCUACCGCUGCAAUGAUACAAUCCCUGAGGACUUCGACUCAUACCAAGCCCAACAGGUCCAGCUGCAGUUCUAACAGGGAAUACACAUCUGCCCAAACAAAGACUGGGAGGACAUUCCAUCUACAACCACAUUCUGGAACGCAUGGCUCCCAGAUAAACAGUGCAGUGUUGUAUCUGAAAUGGCACCCUAUCUCCUAUAUAGUGCACUACUUUGGACUAAAGACUAUAUAGGGAAUAGGGUGCCAUUUCAGACGUACCCAGUGAGAUUUGACUCAGCAAAAUGGAGGCUGACAUAUUGAUCUCCACCAGCAAUGACAGAGCAUUUUCCUGUCUGAGAUUCGCUCCCCAAUAAUUCCAGUUCUCGGGGGACUUUUUUGUCUACUACUAAUCUGUCAACAAUAUAGAAAUGUGAAAAUAGAUGUUUUGAAUAAUCAGGGUGUUGCCAGUAAAUGUUUGUUACAUUGUGAGGGAACCCUAUAAAAAAAAAAAAACAUUUGAUAUGCAGUAGAUGACAUGUGAUCAAUUAUUACUGUUUAGAGUGCCCUAGGAAUAAAUGUUUAACCACACAACUGUUCUUAUUCUUUA